GGUGGCAGCCAGCAUCGUUCCGCUCGUCGCGGUCGCAGCGGGCGGAGGUGCAGCCGCAGCGCGUGGAGGCGCUGAUGGACGCCGACGAGCGCGACGACGCGCAGCGUGGCGCCGUGGCGGCUCAAAGCGCUUUCGACACGUUCGGGUUCACCGCCGCUGAGCGCGCCCGCCACCUCGCCCCCGCCGCGGACCGGCGCCCCUCCGUGAUUCCCGGAGGGGCCGUGGCGGAGCUGCUGGCGCCCGCUGCUGACUCCAUCGCCAACCUGUGCGUCUGUCCUCUGCUCUUCACGUCUCAACUCAUUGCCUCAGUGCCCCAUGCACAUGCAUACCUCCUCCCCCCCCACUUUCCUUCCACCUCUCCCACUUCCCGCCCCUCUCCAACCCCUCUCCUUAAUCCAACACGCUGCACAUUCCCCCCUCCACCAACCUUGCCCGCUCCUCCCGUCGUCCUUCCCCAACCACCCAAGCCAGGCAAGGCGCUGCUGCGCACGAUGGGGUGGAGAGAGGGCAGGGGGCUGGGGCCGGACGAGGUGGCAGCUUCCAGGAAGGUGCAGCGCGAGGGCAGGCGGGCAAUGCUGGCGCUGGCAGCGGGAGGAAGAGGGCGAGGGGAGGGGAGAGGAGACGAGGAUGGGGAGGCAGAGGGGGAGGAGGACGAGGAGGAAGGGGACACAUGGGAGGGUCGAGGGGAGAUUGUGGGGAAGGGCAGGGGGGCAAGGGGCGGCAAGGACGGGGGGGCGUUGGUGGAAGCAGCGGCAGCAGAGGCGGCGGUGGCAGCGCAGCUGAGGGCGCCCAAGCGGGACACCCGGGGGGUGGGGUUCGAUGCUUUCCAGGGCGCUGAGGAUGUGCGAGGACCACUGAAGCUCUUCUUCCUCCCCGCGUCACUCACAUUGCUCACUACAACUCCCUCAUCCCUGCUUCCCGCCUUCCCCCCUCCCUGCCUCGCCCGCCUCUCUGUUCUCUGGGGAGUGGGAGCAGAGCACAGGCAAAGGACGGCAGGGGGAGCGAGGGAGGGAGGGGAGAGGGUUGGAGAGCCGGUUCUGGGUGGGCGGCGCAUGGCGGGCGGCAGCAGGCAGUCGCUGUUUGCGGCGGGCAGUGGGCGGGUGGCGGGGGGGUUUGGCAUCGGGGCGCUGGAGGAGGCGGGGGCUGAGGAUGAGGACAUCUACGACUCCGGUGAGAUGCUGUGCGGUGCUGUGCGGUGGUGGUGUUGGUGGGUGAUUAGGAGCGAGAGCGUGUUUUGGUGUGUGGGAUUAGAAAUACCGGCGGGCGAGCUGCACGAGGUGGAGGAGGAUGAGGACGAGGGGGAGGGGGAGGGGCCACGCGUGCUGGCUGGAGGGGGCUUCAUGGUACAGGGAAGGCGCAGGCAGCAAGGCAUGGUGUGGAUGGGAGGGGUGGGGCAGGGCCGUGGGAGUGGCGCCGCUGUGCUGCGGGGCUUCUGUGAAGGGCGCGUGGCGCUGGAGGAAUGCAAAUGGUACCUGCCCCCGCACGUGCCGCCCUCCUUCACGCCCCACCACGUCUUCCCCUCCUCCGCACCCCCCACCGCCUCACCAGCGCCCUCCCCAGUCGCACCGCCCCCAGCUCCACCCCCGGCGGACGUGGCAGUGCGGGCGGCGGUGGAGGGCGUGGCGGCCAUGGUGGCGCGCUGUGGGGCGCACGUGGAGGCGCUGCUGCUGUCUCGGGCAGGGGGAGGGGUGGGGGAAGGGGCGCGGGAAGGCAUUGUGCAGGGCGCAAGCGCGAGGGAGGAAGGGGGAGGAGAGGGCAGUGCCCGGCUGGCGUUCCUGGUGGGCGGGGAGGGCAGUGCGUACUACAGACGGCGCGUGUGGGAGCUGGCGGAGAGGCAGAGGGCCGCCCAGGGCAGGGCAACAGCGGGCAAGGCCGUGGGGAGCAGUGGGGGGGAGCGCCUGGGGCCUGAUGGUCGGGGCGCGCUGCUGGGCGAGCAGCCGUUGCCUUCCACCCAGCCUGCCCCUGCUCCACCUCCAUCAGCGCACCCCACACCCACCUCAACUGCUUCUCCUGCUGCUGCAGCUUCUGCCUUUACUUCUGCCGCAUCUCCCCCUGCUCCCCCUGCCCCCACCGCACCGGCCUUCCAGCAGCACGGGGCGGCGGCUGAGCUGGCAGCAAUGAUGGCGGCGCGCUUCCACAGCAGUGGGCAUGAGGACCGGGCGGGCAAGGGCGGCAUGAGCACGGAGAAGGCGGCGCUGCCUGCUGCAACCAUAGCAGACACAGCACUGGCAGGGGCGGCAGCAGUGGUGGUGGCGAGGCGGAGGGAGGGGGCAUGGAGGCCUCUGCCUCUGCUGUGCAAGCGAUUCAAGCUGCCUGACCCGUACGCGGGGAAGGCCCCUCCCCCCCCUCUCCACCGUCCCUCUCAGCUCGACACCCUUACCUCCUUCCCCCAAACCCUCCCCUCCUCCACGCCCGCCCCAACUGCUGCCCCCUCGCCUCUCCUCUCCCUCCCUGCGCCUCCUCCUGCUGCGCCUGCCAUGCCUCCUGAGCGUGAUGGGUGGAUGGGAGGGCCCGAGGAGGGACACAUGAGGGAAGCUAUUGGGGGAGGGAAGGAUGAUACAGGACGGGGGAGAGAGGAAAAUGCAGGAGUGUGGGAGGAGGAGGGGGAGGGGCAGGCAGCAGCGGAGGCGGUGGAGAACCGACCCAUGGACCUCUUCAAGGCAAUCUUUUCGGAUGAUGAAGACAGCGACGACGAUGCUCGUGCCACAUCCGCAGUGCCAGGUGGCAUUGAUGACGUGGCAGCGGCAGAAGCUGCCACGCGGGCUCUUGCCCGGCUGGAGGCAGGUGACUUCCUGGAGGGGCUGGGCGAGGAGCUGGGCUUGCAGGUGGACCCGGGGGAGUUGAAGCAGGGCGGGUGGAACGAGCAAGAGAAGGAGGUGAGAAUGUGGCAGGUGGACGCGGGGCGAGUGAGGCACCUGUGGGGCAGAGUGAGCGGGGAGGCAGUGGAGACGGUAUGGGUGAUGCACAUGGAGGCACGAGGGGUGGUGCUGUGGGGGAAGGCAGGGGCUCACCUGCUGCUGCAGCUGCUCCAGGUGCAGCGAGGGAGGCAGCAGGUGCCGUUGCUGCUGUGA